CGCGAGUGUCUCUAGUUUCAAGUUAUAAACAAACAUGGACACGUGCGAAGUCGAGUUUCUCGCUGAGCGCGAGUUAAUCAGUAUCACACCUAAUUUCGACCUCGGCGUCCUCCAUCUGAUCUCAGGGGACUUUGGACCUUUCAAGGCAGGUCUGCCUGCCGAGGUGCCGCUAUGGUUGGCCAUCAAUUUGCGGCAGAGACGGAAGUGUCGCAUCAUGCCGCCAAUUUGGCUGAAUGUUAAGACCUUAGAGGAGAUCAAAGAAAGGGAAACACAGGAAAAGCUGUUUACAAAAAUGCCCAGUGAACAUUUCAUGGAAGUAGCGCAAUUGCUUUUGACUGCAGCGUCAGAAGAUAUUCCUCAGGCGGGAGAAAUUAAAGUCGUUUUAAAGGAUAUCUGGGACUCAAGACAAGCUAAAACAAGAGCCUCUUGUUCUUUGCUGCUGCAAGACGGUGGCAAACACGCAAGGGUUGACAAUUUAACCUUAAUGGAGAUUAACAGCGUUCGGCCGCUCCUUCCACAUUCCAUGGACAUGAUUCGGCGUCUUCAAAUGGAAAGUUCCAUGGAGGCUCAAAUAAGCCAAACUCAGGGCAGCUCUUUUGCUUCGCCAUCCCAAUAGUUGAAGCAGAUUAAGUUGGACUGGGACACUGGAGUACCUGUAAGUUUCGGCUUCAAAUAUUGGGCAUUACAACCUGCUUUUGGUUAUGCGACCCAACUACCAAAUCAAUUGAAUAUUAUGUGAACUUGUUGUAAAAUAUAUUUUGCUAUCUCAAGGUAAA